AUGAUGUCGCUGCUCCAGGACGUCGACGCCGACGGCCAGACGCCGCAGCAGAAUAUGUAUUCUUUCAAUAUUAAAUCAGACAAUGUUGAAAAUUUAGAUGUCCGAUCUUUAAAGAGAUCAUGUCUGCAUGGAAACAUUAAGAACUACAAUUGCCACCAACAAAGGAACAGCGCAGCAAUCCCAGGUUCCCAGCAGCAGCUUGCUUGUGCUAUGAUGGCAGUGCAGUGGCUGCUGUUUUUAGUUUCACCCUGA